UCAUAGUACUUGUUAAUUACAUUGAAGGCGGUGGUCCAAUCCAUUACUACAAUUUGAAGCUUCAUUAAUAACACCUUUCAAAUUCUGCACACAAAGAAAGGUGCAAACUCUGUGCCAUCUUCAACUUCAUUCAACACGUGCGUGAAUGGCCACCACCCUUUCCUUUUCCCUCUCCACACCCUUCCCAAAGUUCCAAACUUUACCAUCCCCACAACAACCCAGAAGAGUAUCGUGCUGUCUCAACUCCAACCACUCUCUCCGAGUGGUGUUCUGCGGCGGCGCCACCGGCAGCCACGUGUACCCGGCGGUGGCGAUCGCCGAGGAACUGAAAACGGCGAACCCCACGUGCGAGUUCCUCUUCAUCGGCACACCCAAUAGCAUGGAAAGCGAUGCAAUCUCCUCCGCAGGCUAUAACUUUGUCUCUGUUUCACCACCCAAUUUCCCUCACCGUUUCUUCGUGUCCCUUUAUCAAUGCCUCAAUCACCUUCGAGAUUUCCAACCCCACGUUGUUGUCGGCACAGGUGGACAUGUGUCUUUCCCUGUUUGUCUUGCUGCUAAGCUCAGAGGCAUAAACCUCGUCAUCCACGAACCCAAUUCUGUCCCUGCUUUGCCCAACUCUGUUCUUUCCUUCUUUGCUGAUGCUAUUUUCGUUGCUUUUAAUUCUACCCUUGAUAGCUUUCCCAGGAACAAGUGUGUGGUGUGUGGGAACCCUGUGAGAUUGUCUCUUAGGAACCUUGUUUCUAAGGUGAAGGCAAGGUCUCAUUUUUUUGCUGGUUCUGAUUCUGAAGAAGGAAAAGUUUUGUUGGUGCUUGGUGGGUCUUUUGGUGCUAAUGCGGUUAAUAUUGCAAUGCUGAAUUUGUAUUAUGAGAUGCUGAGACAGGAUAGUGGCUUGUAUAUUAUAUGGCAAACUGGGGUUGAAGUGUUUGAUGAGAUGGAUAGUCUUGUUAAAAAUCAUCCUCGCUUGCAUAUGACACCGUUCAUGUAUUGUAUGGAUUUGGCAUAUGCAGCUGCAGACUUGAUUGUUUCUAGAGCAGGUGCAAUGACUUGCUAUGAAAUAUUGGCGACUGGAAAACCAUCUAUCCUGAUACCAUCACCAAAUUUCUCCGAGGGGAAUCAAUUCAGAAAUGCUUCCUUGAUGGCAGACUUGGCUGGUGUGAAAGUUAUAACUGAGGAUGAGCUUGACUCAACUACACUUGCCAUUGCAAUUGAAGAGAUUUUAAGAGACAAGAAGAAGAUGGAAGAUAUGUCUGAGAGGGCUCUUAAAGCUGCAAAUCCCAAUGCCUCAGCUGAGAUUGCAAAACACAUACUCUCUCUUGUAAAUCAAUCAACCAAAAAGAAAAGAAAUGACCACAAAGUAGAAUCUUAGAAUGGUGGUUGAAGUUCCUGCUUACAACCGAU